AUGCGCGGUUCAGAGGGAAUGGAUUCUCCCAGUCGCUCGGAGUUGUUCGACGCAAAGUCGGCGAACGAACGUCUGCUGGAUGGAGCGAGAGUCACCCCGUUGGCCUAUGCAGGUUUUGUUCCUGUUCAUCCCAGCUGCCUUCUCGACCGCCGAGGCCGUCAGAAAGUUAGUGUAAUGUGGGGAGCGCAGGUCAUCCAAGGUAUAAAGCACGACAGCGUGGAGCUAGUGCGAGGCGCCCUGAGACACGAGUUUUCCAAUCCCGAGGAACGCUUGGAAGACUCCGGCCCGGCCGGCGCGGCGUUCUCUUUCGCGAACGCGGCCAUAUUCACCCAGGAGCAGAUGGACCGCGUCGUCGACGACCUCAAGCUCCGCACGAGGGAGACAAACGCGAAAACGAAGCGCUUCGUGAGCGACUCGGAGUGGCUCACCAUCGACCAGACACUAGGUGAGACCGGGACGUACGCCAGCGUGCUCAUGUCAAGGGCGACGGGUGGAGACACGGGGCUUCACAUCGCCAUCACCCUGGGGAGCUUACGGGCUGCCCAGGUGAUGGAGCUGGUGCUUCGCAUCGCCCAGCUCGAGGAGGAUUUCUCGCGCAAGGGCAUCACGGCCCGCCGGCUGACUGCAGCAGAAAAGGCAUCCCUAGCGCAGCUGGAUCGAGUGGUCCACAAGGCCAACGAGUACAGGCUUUUCGGGCACGGACUGGCUUGCUACUUCGUGGACAGGCUGUCAGACUGGCCCGCCCUGCAGGAAGAGGCGCGAGCGUGCGAGAUAGAGGGGCGGGAGAUGCUCCCCGCGGCGCAACGAGAGCUGCGCCUUUGCGAGGUCAUGUGCAGGUACCUCGAGCAAUGCGAGGCCAUCCGAGAUCGAGAACACGAAAUCCUGCCGCCGCUUACCCUGGAGGACCUCGACUCCAAGGCCGACCGUUUCACCGGCGUCCUCGACCCGAAGGGAGAAGGAGGAAGCGGUGGCAUCCGCCGCCAGGAGGACUCCGGGGGCCACAGCGGCAGCCAGGACCGAGUCACCCUCUCGGCGGGCGCCAACGCCAUUAUGUCGGCCCGGAUGGCGCUUUCCAUAAUGGGGUCGACGCGGUCUUCUGGCGGUACCGGGGGUAGCAAGGGAGACGAGGAAGGAGGCGACGUUCGACGGGAGGACCGAGGGCAGCACCAGCAGCAGAGUGUGGCGGCGGCGGCGGGUUCUUCGAUAGCAGGCAGGGCGAAGGGGCUGACGGCCCGGAUAGCAGCGGCGCAGAGGAACGCCUCCGACGAAAGAGCCACACACAGCGGCAGCAACAGCAACAACACUACAACUACAGCGUCGUCGGUGACGGGGGAGGAGGCCGCAGCAGGUGGUCGUACAGCAGCGGCCCGCGGCGGAUCGAUGCCCACGCACUUCCAAGGGCGGUCGCUCAUGAGCGCCGAGUGGAGCAGCAAGCCCGGGAAAGGCGCCGCCGGGAGGCGCGGCCACCCCCGGUACGCCACCAAGGGCAUGACGCCGGAUUCUUGGACCGCCACCGGCAAGGACGAGGACACUCUUACCCCUGCUGCCGGCGGCGAUCUGCCGGCCCCCUCGGCCGGGGUUGGGGAAAAGGGGACGGCAAAGAAGGAAGCAGGCGGACGCGGGGAUGGGUGCUUGGGGUUGGGUUCUGGGGCAGCGGGAGAUUUGUCCAUGCGGAGAGGGCAGGGAGGUAGUAGACGUGGGCGCGGUGGCGGGGCGCCGCUGGGGGGCGCGGACGGGGUCAGAGAGAACAAGAGGGGGUUGGGUAGGGAUUGGGAAGGUCUGUAUCAGGUUCGACCGUUCGAUGAUACACCCGAGUAG